AUGACCACCGAACAGACCCCCGGGCCAUCACCAUUCUCCAACCCCAAAGACGCCCUCUCCCUUGCACGAAAAGCGCCCUCCGUACUCUCCAAGACCUCGUCGAUAGCCACCACUUUCCCCUUGACACUCCUCAGCGCCCCCGAAUCGCCAGAGCUAUGGAUGGAAGUAGCCUCCCUCUUCUACGCCUGCCUGCGCACCGGCGACGACAAAUCCGCGCACCUCUGCCUCGAGAAGCUCACACAACGGUUUGGCGAGGACAACGAUCGCGUCAUGGGCAUGCGCGGUCUCUACCAGGAAGCCGUGGCGCAGAAUGAGGACGAGCUAAGGAAGAUAUUGGCGGAGUAUAACAAGAUAUUGGUUGAAAGCCCGGUGAAUAUACCGAUUAUGAAGCGGAGGAUAGCGCUGGUUAAGAGUCUGGGGAGGGAGGGCGAGGCGAUUAAUGCGCUGACGGACUUUUGA